AUGGGCUGUUUCAGCUUUCGCCCUUCGAAAUCUCCACCCCCCAUGAAAGUCUCGCACCCCAUCCAAGCUCCUCCUCAGGAAAACUCUGAACCCAAAAGGUUCAAACAAGAAGUCCUUUUACAGAUACCAGGAUGCAGAGCUCAUCUGAUGGAUGGAGGAGAAGCUUUAGAACUCGCCAAUGGAGAAUUUAAAGUCGAAAGAAUCAUGGAGGACGACGUGUCUCUCGCUACGAUCAUAAAAGUCGGCGAGGAUCUUCAGUGGCCUUUGACGAAAGAUGAGCCUGUAGUGAAGCUUAACUCUUUAAACUAUCUGUUUUCAUUGCCAAUGAAAGAUGGAGAUCCUCUCAGCUAUGGGGUGACAUUUCUGGAGCAGUAUAGCAGCAGUUUGAGCUUGCUGGACUUGUUUUUGAAGGACAAUUCUUGCUUCUGUUCCUCGUCGUGUAAUGCAAACAACAAGAGCAUCAUUAAUUGGAAGGAGUAUGCGCCGAAGAUUGAUGAUUACAAUAACAUGUUGGCCAAGGCAAUUGCAGAAGGCACUGGCCAGAUCGUGCAGGGGAUUUUCAAAUGCAGCAACAGUUAUGCCAAUCAGGUAAACAAGGGAGGCGAAAUGAUUCUAAACAGUCCUCAAGCUGCUGCAGGUGCAGAAAGAUCAGGAAGUUCUAGUGCCACCCAAACCAACAAAACUGCAAUCAACAGAAGCUUGAAACGAGUAAGAAACCUGUCAAAGACGACAGAGAAGCUGAGCAAAUCCAUGCUAGACAUGGUUGGGGUAGCCUCAGGAUCAGUAAUGGGUCCUGUAAUGAAAUCCCAAGCAGGAAGGGCGUUCUUUUCCAUGGUUCCGGGGCAGGUCCUGUUGGCAUCAUUAGACGCAGUCAACAAGAUUCUGGACGCAGCAGAAGCAGCUGAAAAGCAAGCACUUUUGGCGACCACGACUGCCACAACAAGAAUGGUGUCAAACAGAUUUGGGGAAAGUGCAGGGGAGGCAACUGGGGAUGUGCUUGCCACUGCAGGGCACUGUGCUAACACUGCAUGGAAUGUGUUCAAGAUUCGGAAAGCCAUUAAUCCAGCUUCCUCUGUCUCUGCUGGAGCUCUCAGGAAUGCUGCAAAAACUAGAAGCUUUUAAGUAUGUCUUAGUUUCUUUUCGAUGGAUCUAGUGAUUAUAAAAGUCAUGACUUAUGAACUAACCACUUUAGAUCGGUCUAGUAGCCUCUACGGGUCGAUGUAAAUAAUAAACGAUUUCAAAGAAAUGGAUUGAAGUUAUGGUGAUCACUUAUCUAGGA